AACAAAAUAGCGUUCUCUGUCGAGUGAGAGGACGAGAAGAGGAGAUGGAGAGAACGCUCUCAGUGAAGGGUUCUGUAUUCUCUCAUCUACCUUCAACCAUGGGCACGCCUUGUGUGGGAGAAAUCACAAUUCCGCGGAGCUUUGCUCCUCUAGGUUCUCGAGGAAGACGAGGGCUGAGCUUUAGAACAAGAAGGUUGCGCUUCAACUGCCGGGCGAGCUCCAGAAUGGAAGAAGAUUGGAUCUCAUCGCCUACAGCUUCCCCUUACCAGAUCCUUGGGAUCGAUCCAAUGUCCUGCUCCCCUUCUCAGCUCAAGGCUGCCUUCCGAGCCAGGGUCAAGGAAUAUCACCCGGAUGUUUGUAAAGAUAUGAGAGACUCAGAUAUGAUAAUCAAGCGUGUAAUUCAUGCGUACGAGGUUUUGUUGAAACACUACCAACAUGAGAGCCCUGACAGGACUUGCUUAGACCCCUUUGAAGACCCUGAAUGUGAGGCUUCUGAUCUCUUUGUCAAUGAAGUUCUCUGUGUUGGCAAAGGUUACAAAACAAAUGUGAUUCCAUACGGAGUAUUUGAUAUGUGUGUGCUGGUUACCCAUUUAGAAUAUCAUUGAAUGGACGGGCCAAUUGAUGGAGGGUUCCUCAUUAUCAGAUAUUUCAUAAGUUUAUUGUGGAAAAAUGAGUAUGAUAACAACGGCAAUGUUUUGAACUUCUCGACCGUGUUCAUUUAUUCAUGGACAAAUUGCAUCCAUGUUGCAUAUGUGGAUGAAUUUGGUUGACAUGAGUGAUUGAACAAUCAUGGCUGAAGUUAAGUUGUCAUUGAGAAUGUACUACAGCAAAAUCACAUGUGUUCUACUUAUGGAACGGGAGUACAAGGUCACAUGUAUGUUAUUCAUGGAAUCACUGACUACAGAGAAUUAAAUGACCUAGACGGUGCCUGUAGUUGUAGCAACCCCUAACUAAAGGUGGAUUCCCUAGGGCAUCUAGGGUCAUUACUAACUAUAAUAGCAUACUAGCGAAAUACCAACAUGAGCAAAGUAUUCCAUGUUGAGAUAAAAGAAGAGGAAUAGUGUACUUGCCAAACAAUAAUCAUUCCACUUUAUAAUCAUCUUUUAAAUAACCUCAUAAAAGAAAAGGCAUCUGAAAUAACUCAAUUCCAAAUGUAAAGGUUGAAAUUUAGCCACUAGUUACAUUUAGACAUAUCAAGAAGAAAUAUGGCCCUCUCUGCACACCCCUCCAUCAUCACUAUCCAAAGGUGCAUCGCAUAACUUUUCAAAUAAAGGUUUAGAAAUGUAUCAUAUCGCAUGCACCAUGCAUAAACUACU